AUGGACCAAUCUGGGGAAUUGAGCGUUGGAAUCUCCGAAAACGGACCAAAAUUGGCUUCAAAAACAGGUUCAAACGUGGUAACAGCGGAAGACGCAGUUUCAGAACAGAAGGGCUUCCCCGUGGUCAAAAUCGAGCAGUUUGCAGAGUUUGCAGAUCAGACACCGCUGAAGGGGCGCAGGAGACCCAUCAAAACGCCCCACAGAAGCGGGACGCCGUCGCAGCCCGGGUCUGGGCCAGGCACCGCUACAACCACAACGCGCAGAAGACGCUCGAGUAGUCGCAGUUCCAGCAAAAAUUUGAAGAGCUCGACGGAGAUUUCGCCCGCAUCGAUGAUCUUCCGUAACCUUCUGAUCCUUGAGGACGAUCUGCGACGCCAGGCGCGCCAGCAGAAGGCGCUCAAGUGGCAGUUCACGCUGUUCCUUGCGCUGCUGCUGGGACUCGCUGCAGCCGCGUUCUACGAGCUGUUUUUCUCCCAGGAGCCCGUGCGUGGGCUGUACAAGGUGGCACUGCAGUUCGCGCUGAUUUUCAUCCUGGUCACGGUCGUGCUGUUCCAUCUGAGCGGCGAGUACCGUCGCACCAUCGUGAUUCCGCGCAAGUUCUUCGCAUCCACUAACAAGGGCAUACGUCAGUUCAACGUGAAGCUGGUCAAGGUGCGCAGCUCGUUGGCCGACCUAAGCAUCGACCUAGUACGAUGGCUGUGUCGCACGGCUGCAUCGGUGAACCUCGCCAUGGCCCGCAAGUUUUUGCCUGCACGCAUGGCCGAAAAAAGCGGCACUAUCCGUUUCUGGGACGCUGUAGCGCUGCGAUCGCAGCCACGUAUAGGUGCCAUUGACGUCAAGCUCGUGUUAAACCCAAGAGCGUUCAGUGCAGAAGUUCGCGAAGGCUGGGAAAUCUACCGCGACGAAUUUUGGGCGCGUGAGGGCGCCCGCAGACGCAAACAAGUUAACGAAACAGGGUCUUGA